AUGCCAUCUUAUGAAUUCUUUGAAGAGGUGUCGUCUCAGAAAACUUUUGUAGAAAUAAAAUCUCAAGAUAUGUAUAUAGAAGAUACGGAGAUGAACUUACAACAUAAAUUUGAAAAUUUCAUCCCGGAUCUAGAAAUUUUAAAUGACAAGGAAAAUUCACAAGAAAUAACAAAAGUAAUGUCUAAACAAGUCCAAAUAUUAUCUCAACAAAAAAUGUCAUCUCAUGAAUUCUUUGAAAGGGCUUCAUCUCAGGAAGCUUUUGUAGAAAUGGAACCUCAAGAUAUAAAAUUAGAUGCUAUUCAUACUGAUUUUCCAGAAAGUUUAUCUCUUGACAACACUGAAUUACAUAAUUCAAAACUUGAUAACAGAGAAUUAAAUUCAAAAAAAA